AACAACAUGGCUCCUUUCUAUCUCGGAGGUUGAUGCUGGCGGGCUACAAAAAUGUCGUUUUCGUUUAACUUUGAGGUGCCAGGCGCCGAAAACGACACAGUUCAAACGCCAACUGAUGUCGAGACACAACGUAAGGAACUUGUCACGUGCAUCGCUAAGUUUGAAGAGGUGAAACCAAGCCCGGAGCAUGAACAUGUUCACGACGAGCUUGAGAACAGCGUGCUCGACUUAGUUAGCCUGAAGGUUCAAUUUCUAGUUGGGGGCCAAGUUGAACAACGUCUACAAGGCAGAUUGGGUGAUGCAGUACGAGAAAACCUGGACAUCAUACCCAGUGUUUACGAAGGUGGAAUGAAAGUGUGGGAAGGCUCUGUCGACCUAGCCGAAUAUGUCGAAGGAAAUGUGACAGUUUGCUCGGAUACGACGGUUCUUGAGCUUGGCUGUGGUGCAGGAUUGCCCGGUCUUGUCGCCGCAUUACGAGGGGCAAGAGUAGACUUUCAGGACUAUAAUAGAGAAGUUCUGGAGCUGGUCACCGUGCCAAACGCGUUCGCAAACCUGGGCAAGGAUACGUAUCGACAGUGCCGUUUCUUUGCUGGGGACUGGUCAGAUUUGCUCUGCCAUUUGAAAGGCAAAAGGUACGACCUGAUACUCACCAGUGAGACCAUCUACAAUCCAGCAAACUAUGGACAGUUGCUCGCGAUAUUUGCAGGCUGCCUAAAGAGCACCGGCAGUGUCCUCUUAGCAGCGAAAACUUGCUACUUUGGAGUGGGCGGCGGUACAAGAGAGUUCGAAGACCACGUGGUGAAGGAGGGAACCUUUCAGUCAAAAGUUGUUUUUGUCACGGACGUAGGUGUACAGCGUGAAAUCUUAGAGUUACGACAUAAAACAUGAUCUUGGUAUGCCGA